CGUAUCCGGCUUUUUAAUUCAUUCUGUAGUGAGUUACUAUGGCUCCCAACUCAUCGAGAGUGACGAGCGACAUGUUUGCUCUAGUCAAGUGGUUGAAUGGUCCGCACGCUGGCACGUUAACGCCGAACCUCAACGUCAAAUGGAUCAGAGAAUUCAAUCCAGUUGAUCAUCACGACGCUUCCGAGGCCUACGUCGUGGAAUGGCGCCGACCACCCAUGCCUAGAAGUGGUUGGCCUCUCUACGACUGCAACGUUCUCGUAGUCAGCAGUGACUUAGACUUCUUACGCCAAAGAAUGGAGGCUCUACAACUGAGCGAUGAUGAUGCUGAAGAAUUCACACCCAGGCGGAGACAGAUGGCAUCUUCAAAUGAUCCACCCCCACCAUAUGUGAGUGAGAUUCUCAAUUCGCUGAGGUCUUUAGCGAACCAAGGAAUUCCUCGUGGUGGAUCACUUAAUAGGCAGAAUAGCUGCAGUUCGUCUUCUUCUUCUUCUGAUGAAAAUCAGUCGGUUAUGAAAGUGGGUUCUGCUUUAGUGAUUUCUAACACCGCUUAUAUUGCUGCCAAAGCUGCCUCCUCUCCGUCUCAGAUGACCAUGACAUUAGUAAGAGCUGCAUUUUCUAAGCGUCGUCUGCGCAGAUCUUCAUAUGCAGGCCAGAAACGGAGAGACAAGGAGCCUAAACCUAGUCUGAAGAAAUAUCGUAAGACCCAAGACAUCCAAGACUUUGUGAAGUCAAGAUUUCCAUACCUUACUCAAGCCGCUUUUGGGGCGGCAGUUAACAGUUGUCUCGGGAAAAAUGUAGACAAGGAGAAAGUUCGUGAAUUUGUUGAUGAAAGCGACAGUGACGAUGGGGAGGAAUCAUGAAGCAUGCAAGCGAAGUCUGUGAUGUGACUAUGUGACUUUAUGAAUGUAUAUGAAUGUAUUUGAUGUGAUGUUUAUGAAAUGACGUUACCUGCUAAUGAAUUGUCAAUGAGUUGACUUUUAAUCUGAUGUAUAUAUGUACAUGUUCAUAUUUUUCUUAAGAAUUGAAUAAA